GCAAUGGGACAAAAAGAGAGUCGGGGAGGUCGAGGGCCGAGUGGCAGGGAGUCCUAGCUUUUAAAUAAUUAACGAAAGUACGGACCAGGACGACAGAACCAGAACGGCACCCAUGACCAUCAUUAAUUUUACUCCUAACGUUAGUCCUCUCAGACAUGAUCGUGGUGGCAUUUCUCUAGCAUCUCUCCCUUCCACCACUUGCAUUCCUCAGAGUACUCGGUGUCGGUCUCUGUCUCAAUCUCAAUCUCAAUCAUCGUCAAUUCGAUCUCGUCUCUCUGCCCUUUGCCUCUCUUCUCUCCAUGUUGCAGAUAUGGAUGAUGGCGCAGGUACAAGCUUGUUUCCAUUGCAUCGAUGCAAAACUCUCCAUCUGGUGAGGCAUGCGCAAGGAAUCCACAAUGUAGAGGGAGAUCAGAAUUACAAAGCAUACUUGUCUCCUGAAUACCUUGAUGCACACCUUACUCCACUAGGCUGGCAGCAGGUUGAUAAUUUGCGAAAACACGUUCACACAUGUGGGCUAUCCAAGAGGAUUGAUUUAGUCAUUACAUCCCCCUUGCUAAGGACAUUACAAACUUCUGUUGGAGUUUUUGGUGGUGAGGGCUACACAGAUAGUAUGGAUGUACUGCCUCUAAUGGUGGCAAAUGCAGGAAACAGUGGUCGUGCUGCAAUCUCAAGUAUUAGCUCCCCACCAGUCAUGGCAGUAGAACUUUGUCGAGAACAUUUGGGUGUUCACCCCUGUGAUAAAAGGAGAAACAUCAGUGACUAUCAGUUCCUUUUCCCUGCGGUUGAUUUUUCACUGAUAGAAAAUGACGAGGAUGUACUAUGGAAGGCUGAUAUUAGAGAGACAAAGGAAGAAGUUGCCGCUAGGGGAUUGCAGUUCCUGAAAUGGCUGUGGACACGGAAAGAGAAGGAGAUAGCAAUUGUUACCCACAGUGGAUUCUUGUUUCAUACACUAAGUUUGUUUGGAAAUGACUGUCAACCUUUGAUUAAAAAAGAAAUAUGCAAACAUUUUGCGAAUUGUGAGCUUCGGUCUAUGGUCAUUGUUGACAGAAGUAUGACAGGUUCGGUUGACACAACAACUAAUUAUCCAGGAAAGAUUCCUUCUGGGCUGGAUCUCCCUAGCGAUAUAGCGGACAAGAAGAAACUAGAGAAAGAAGAGCCUCAUUCUUCUGGAUUUGCAUAGAAAAAGAAGUCCCACAAGGCAUAAGUGCUGGGCACAUAAAGCAUUCUUUGAAGCUCGGGUUUCUCCUACUAUACCUCUUAAUAUGCUGUGAUGAUACCUUUGGAAUCAUGUUGAAAUAAAGGAAGUUGAAGAAGGAAGAGAUAAACAAUGAUUCAUUUUUUAAUGAAAAUUAGAUGAACCAGGUCAUUAGGGAUAGAAAUACUGUAAUUGAACUAAUAUUUUUCAAGGUUUAUGAAGAAGGGGGGGGUUAUCUCA